AUGAAUGUUGCAUUUGUGGACAGCUCUGUCCAUGAACAUAUCUCAAAGAUGAUCAUUUAUGCUACACACAACAUCCUGACAGAGGAAGACUCUCCGCUUGGGCACCUUUUACUUCACUGUGUGCGCCUUUACCUCGAGGUCAACAUGUACGCUGCCUUCGAGGUCCACACGACUGAUGCAAUCAGCGAAGGCAGAGGCGCCGUCCAAGCUCUAACAGCAUUCAUGAAGCAAUAUAUCACAGCAACCGACCAGGAGGAUGGCAAGAAUUGGAGUUUUCCUAAACUCUACAUGACUACACAUCUAUUUGAUGAUAUCAAGGCCAAGGGAGCCACAAGGAACUAUAAUACGAAGCCAAAUGAACAAAUGCAUGGGCCAUUGAAGGACUUGUACCAGGAUCUGUCCACCCAUAUGGUGCUCCCUCAGGCAGAAUUUUUCUUGGUCACGUCAAUCAUUCGCGGGGCACUUCUAGUGCAUGACGAAACCCUCGACUACUUUGUCAUUGACACAGUUGAUACCGACAUGUUUCUUCAUUUGAAGGAAAUGCAUCUGCAGGCAGGGCAUGUGGUGCAUAUUUGA